CAUCUUUCUAAAAAAAAAACUCAUUUUUAUUUCUCUCUCUAAAGUUUUUAAGUUUUUAGCCAUGGACGUCGAUAUCUCUCCCAAGCUCUCAUCAAAGGUUUACGGCGGCGAAGGCGGAUCUUACUUCGGUUGGUGCCCUAAAGAGCUCCCGAUGCUCGAGAAGGCCGAUAUCGGAGCGGCGAAGCUCGCUCUCGAGAAGCGAGGCCUCGCUCUCCCGAGCUACUCCGACUCUGCUAAGAUCGCUUACGUUCUUCAAGGAAGUGGAACUUGUGGAAUUCUCCUCCCAGAAUCCCCAAAGGAAAAGGUCCUCGCCAUCAAAACUGGUGACUCCCUCGCCCUCCCCUUUGGUGUUCUAACUUGGUGGUUCAACCCUGAAGACACUGAGCUCGUCAUUCUCUUUCUCGGUGAUACAUCCAAAGGCCACCACAGAGGCGCGUUCACAAAUUUCCAGGUCACUGGAACCAACGGAAUCUUCACAGGUUUCACACCCGAGUUUGUUAGCAGAGCUUGGGAUCUCCCUGAAGACCAAGUCAAGCAACUUGUCUCAAGCCAAACUGGCUGCGGCAUUAUCAAGGUCAAGGAUGAACAAAGAAUGCCCGCACCCAAUGCUCUGGAUAGGGAGGGAAUGGUUUUGAACUGCCUUGAGGCUCCUCUUGAUGUUGAUAUUAAGGAUGGUGGUCGAGUUGUGGUUCUUAAUACUAAGAAUCUUCCUCUUACUGGGGAGGUUGGACUUGGGGCUGACCUUGUGAGGAUUGAUGGGUUCUCUAUGUGCUCGCCUGGAUUUUCAUGUGAUUCAGCUUUUCAGGUCACCUAUAUUGUUAGGGGAAGUGGAAGAGUUCAGGUUGUGGGUGCUGAUGGAAAGAGAGUUCUUGAAACUCAUGUGAAGGGUGGAUAUUUGUUUAUUGUGCCGAGGUUCUUCGUUGUGUCGAAGAUUGCUGAUGCCGAUGGCAUGGAAUGGUUUUCCAUUAUCACUACUCCCAACCCAAUCUUCUGUCAUUUGGCUGGGAGGACCGGAAUCUGGAAGGCCAUAUCUCCAGAGCUGCUUGAAGCUGCGUUGAACACGACUCCGGAGAUGGAGCAACAGUUCAGGUCGAAGAGAACCACAAGCGAGAUCUUCUUCCCUCCUUCCAAGUGAAAUCAAGCAGCAUUAAGGGGAUCUUUUGUGAUGUCUUUGUUGUCAAUAAGUUUUUCGACAUUGGUCUCUGGUCCUGGUGCAACUAAGUUUUGCUCAACUUUGGACUAGAUGGUUUAUAGUUUCCUAUGCUUUUUUUAAGACUACAAUAAGUUUUUCGACAUUGGUCUCUGGUCCUGGUGCUCCUAAGUUUUGCUCAACUUUGGACUAGAUGGUUUAUAGUUUCCUAUGUUUUUUUUAAGACUAUUAGUAGUUUCUGGUGAAUGUGGACUUGAUGGUUUAUAGUUUCCUAUGCUUUUUAUUCAAGACUAUUAGUAGUUUCCUAUGGUUUAGUUUAA